AUGGCAGAUUCCUUAAAAAUAUGUAAAAUGUUGAAGGAUAUGUUAAACCAGCUUGCCAUUGAGUGUGACAUGAGAGAAGAUCUUGCGAGAAAAUUACAAAUAGUUGGAUGCUUCAUGGAGCAAAUAGAAUUCAGAAAAGUACGUGAAGUUGCUGGUCGUCUAACAAAAUCUAAACCGCUUGCUUUGGUUCUAAAGGAGAUACUAUAUGUAAAAUCUAUCAUUAUUCAACCACUGGAUGUCAUAAACGAGAAGAAUGAUGUCGAUAUUGAAAAUUUUCUUUAUGAUUCUGAUGAACAAGAUAAAUAUUAUAUGCCUCCCACCAUCAAUAUAUCUAAGACAAUUGUGACUCCGAGGUGGUAUAAAUUAUACAGUUUUAAUGAAACAGUAGAUAGUGUUAGUGCAUAUUAA